AUGUACGGUAGUUCAAGCAUGUACGGCUACGAAGUACGAUGGCGUGGUAGGGGUAUGGCGCUGUGGCGCGCAGCGGCGCAUGGCGUAGUGGCGUAUGCAGUUUCAACGUGCAGCAGUGUCCCGUCGCUUUUUAAACUGGGCGCUUAA